AUGCUGCCCAUCGAUGACCGCAAUUUAUUCCAUCUUCGACCUGUAUAUCGACUCUUCGAGAAGAACUUAGCAAUCACCAAGAUGAAUCGAUAUGGCAACGUCAUGGAAAGAAUGCCACGCGUGCAAAGCGAGGGUAAUCAACGACGAGCUCUAAGGUCUAAUACAAGACAUGUAUCUCCACCUCCCAGGAUCAUCACCAAUAAAUUGAAUGAGGCAGAACUCCCUCUCACUGCGAAAACCUUACGAGCUCAGCAUGACGCAAAUCGCAUAAGACGACGCGCAGACAGAGAGUACAUUGAAAGAACAGAGCCGGUAAAAAGUCUGCCUGCCAUACCCCCGAAGAAGAAUUCCAAAGCCUACCACGAGUGCGAGACUACGGACGACUACUAUCCUCCGAGAGAUUCUUCUAGGAGUACGAUUGAGAAUGAAGACUUACGUGACAUGUCAGAUUUCGUGGGGGGUCACAUCGGUAGUAAGAACGAAUGGAAACUCGUUCAGAAGAAUCUCUUGCCCCUAGUCGAGCAGCUUGUUAAAACAAACAAUCAACUUUGUCAUAUCCUGAUGAGAGGAUUAUCACUCGAUCAAAAGCCUCAUUCAAAAAGAAAGACCAGGGAAGAUACUCCAAUACAGGAUGCAUUUAGCAUCGAUGUAGAAAAGGGAAUUGAACUAGAGACCAUGGUGCACUCGCCGGAAAUUUUGUGUGGCAAACACCAAGACGACUUUAUCCGUUACGCGGAGGAAGACUAUGCUCAGUCGAUGAAGAUGGCUAACAAACAUCCAGAAACACCUGACGUCCAAAACUUUUCUCCUCCAGGAUGUCAAUGGUUGGUGCCCUAUGGAACUUUUUUCGGUCACAGCACUCACCAACUUCCUCGAGGUGUGGGGGACAGAAACAAAAGAGAUUUAGUUGAGAGUCGAAAUGACGGUGAUGCCAAAACGAUCUUAACCGAGAUAACAGAACGUACCCAGCGAACAGACAGAGGGUCAUAUUUCUACAGUACAAUGUUUCAUUCUUCUGAUUAUCUUGCACAGAUUGACUUUGAGGAUGUCUAUAAUCGCAACUCCACUGCUAUGGGACUCUUUACCACAGCAACACUACGCCUACAAGACCUACACGCCAAUCUAUACUGCCAACGUUUUGAUUGUAAUGACCAUCACGAAGAAUUGCCUAACCGCACUCGUACUUCAGAUCUCACACACAUAGAGGAAGUUUUUGCUUCAUAUCGAUGGCUCUUCUCAAUGAGUUCAUCGGAAGCAUUUGAGGAACUGUGUGACAUGCCAUUGCCAUGGUGGCUAGUUCCACUAGAAGAACACAAUCCAAUCCUUCCUUGGCACCGGUCUGGUACAUGGAUCAGAGAUCAGGCUGCUGUGAAUAGAACAAAGUCGAAAUGGGAAAAUAUCAGUUCUAAGGUAGCCAAGUAUUUUGCACAACAACGGAAAGCACGUGGUGAAAGAAAAACCGUCCGUUCACUUCUUAAGACUACCGAUGACCGGAGAUGUGAAUUGCCAAUAGACUGCAGACACUUGCUCGAAUUUCUGACCGAGGAUGAGGAAUAUGACCAAUCCGAUAAAAGCUUGCCAUUUUCGCGGUUCCCCAAGCUCCAACCACGUUUGGAACAUUUGAUGGGAUAUAUGGAGAAGCAAAAACCACGAGGCUUUGCUGCUCUUGGCGUGAUAAACGGGACUCCAAUACCUGGUACACCUUUUGGGCAGCGGUGA